AUGCUGCCCAUCGGCCUCAACGGCUUCCCGUUAAUCCUCGGCGUCACAGGGUAUCCCCAGAGCAUCGGAAACGAGUGGCAACAGCUCGUCGAAAAAGUCUGUGUUCCUCGGGCUGAAUUUGAUAAUCUAAGAAAGAAGAUUGAGGUUUACGAAAAGGCCCUUCAAGAUGCUGUUACGGACCCAACAAGACGACAAGAGCUUCUCCACGACGCCGUGAGCCCGGUGUCAUAUUCGUCUUCCAGUUCGUUCGCUCCCUCCGGAACGGGAGCACCAAGCACGUCUCAUGGCCAACCCUCCGGAGACCAACCCUCCGGAGACAGCUUUAUCAAGGCGGAAACCACAGAUGACGGCCAAACCUUGAGCCCUGGGCGCCUCCUCCAGGACUCUGAAGGCAUGGGGAAAUAUAUGGGGGAGACGGCCGGAGCUACGUUUAUGGACCAUCUCAAAGAAUUCAUACGCGCGGCUCUGCCCAUCUCGCCCCAAGAUCGAACCUCAACUGUCAACCAGAGCAAUUUCCUCUCCACCCUGGGCAACUACACGGUUGACGACCAGCGCCCCCUAAAUCAAGCCGUGAACCCCCUGUGGCUUCCACCCGACAGCACCGUCGUCGCCGUCUUGUCCGAGCUAAGGCAUUUCAUCCAAGACGGAGGUGGUCAUUGGCCAAGUGGUGGCAUGUACUGGUGGGGAGACUUGAGCUCGGUUCCUGCUCGCGCGCCGGCGAUGGCUUCGUCAGAUAUGGACUUGGGAGCUUACCGCCAUUUGGCUUUUUAUCAUGCGGCCCUGGCCGUGGCAUGCCAAUCAACAAGCACACAGCCUCCGCCCAGUUCAGGUGCGCGCCCGUCUCCGAGCGAGCCCUACUAUGCUCGUGCCGCCAUGCUCUUGCGCAAUCCGCUGGAAAUCAAGCGUCGCACAAUCGGCGACGUUGCGUCUCUCGCCCUGAUGAGCUUCUAUCUCGUGGAAACCAACCAGCCAGAUGCAGCCUACAUGUACGUUGCCGCUGCCAUGCACAUCGGCGUCAUGCUCGGCGCACAUCGCGGAUGGGUCGAUGAACGAGGCAAGCGGCUUUUCUGGUCGGUGUAUUGCUUGGACCGUUGGCUGAGUUGCCUUACCGGACGACCUGCCACUAUUGCGGACGAGGCCAUCCAAUUGCCAUUGCCAGACGAUGAUGCGUCGAUGCCUCCCGCAGCAGGAUUAAGGGCUCAUGUUGAACUGUCCCGCAUCUCAGGCCAUGUAGUUGGCAACACUUACCACGGAGGCGGAACGGAGGCUGGAGUUGGACAACCCGGUGGCGCGAUUCGUAUGUUGGAGCAGUGGCAAUCUACGCUCCCGCCGUCGCUUCAACUGACCAACGGCUUGAGCAACGACCCCGCGGCUUGCUUGUUGCAUAUGAGGUAUAACCAACUGCUAGUCGUGGCUAUUCGACCGUUGGUUCUGUCGGCGGUAAAACGGGCCGUCGUAGGUCGCUUGAUGGCCCAAAGCCCCAUGACGAGUAGCGCUUCCCAGACUGGGCAUCUGAAACGGUGCAUCGCGGCUGCGGUCCACAACAUGGCUCUGGCUCGCCACUUGUCCUCCUUGAACGGCCGUCGCAAGACUCUUCAUGCCGGGCUUCACUUUAUUUUUCACGCGGCCGUCUGUCUGAUUCUGCGGCCAUUGGUGCUCAAGAUGGAGGCUUUCCCCCAAGACGAAUUAUCCGCCACAGAAGACGUCGGAAACUUGAAAGCAACCAAGCUCACCAAGCUCACCAAGCUCACCAAGCUCACCAAGCUCACCAAGCUCACCAAGCCCAUCCGUCUGCUUGGCCCGAAGAGCGAAUAA